AUCUCCCACAACAUGUCUACAAUACGGACGUUCUCACAGACCAGCAGCUCUGCAAUGAGGAGAGCAUCUCCAGUUUGGACCAGGAGGAAACGGUUCCUCUGCCGAUUAAAGAGGAACACGAGGAACACUGCUUCACUGAGAAUGAAGAGCAGCUUUUACUGAAGCAGGAAACUGACACCUUCAUGGUGCCUUGCACUAAUGAGGAAAGUGAUGAUAAUGAACCCAAAAUACGUUCUGACCAGUUCAUCUGUCACAGCUCUCCUGGAUCUAAGAAUCAUUACCAGGAAGUAGACAACCGUGUGGACACCAGCACAAAGCUGAAGCCAAAGAAGAGACAACACAGAAACAAAGACCACUAUGCAUGCAAGGAGGACAUUUUCGAUGACAAAUGGCUCUUUAACCUGGAGAAUAAAUCUGGUCUGAACGAGCAGGACCUAGGCCUUCUACAAAUAAAAGAGGAAGAGGAGGAACUCUUCACAAAUCAGGAGGGAGAGCAGCUUGUGCUGGAGGGAGAGCAGCUUGUGCUGGAGGGAGAGCAGCUUGUACUGGAGGGAGAGCAGCUUGUACUGGAGCAGCAAACCAAUCCCUUCAUGAUCUCUUCAGUUUUUGAGGGACAGAGUUCCUGUAAAGAAGAGCCAAACAGCCAGCUCCUUUCUCACGACUCUCUAUGCCAGGGAAGAGCAGAUGAGAAACCAUAUUCUUGUAACACCUGUGGGAAGAGAUUUAAAUACGUGUCAACAUUGAAAGUACACACGAGCAUUCACACAGGUGAGAAGCCUUUCUCUUGCGACGCAUGUGGGAAAAAAUUCAGGAGAAAGGAUAACUUGUUGGUCCAUAUAAGAACUCACACCGGUGAAAAGCCUUUUGCCUGUAACAUCUGUGGGAAAGCAUUUAGUGACAGAUCAAAUCUGAUAUGUCACGUUAGAUAUCACACAGGUGAGAAGCGACAUUCCUGCGAUACUUGUGGGAAGCGAUUUUAUCAUAAAGGCAAUUUAACGGUGCACAUGGCAACGCAUACAGGUAUAAAACCUUACCACUGCAACACUUGUGGAAAAAGAUUUAUCCGCUUGGAAAAGUUGAAGAGCCACAUAACCAUUCACACGGGUGAAAAGCCAUAUUCUUGUGAAGCAUGUGGGAAAAAUUUCAGAAGACGUGACAAAGUACUGAACCACAUGAGAACCCACACAGGUGAAAAGCCCUAUCCCUGCAAGAUCUGUGGGAAACCGUUUAGGGACGCUUCAAAUUUGAUACGUCAUGUUAGGUUUCACACAGGUGAGAAGCCAUAUUCUUGUGCCACGUGUGGAAAAAGAUUUACACAAAGCGGUAAUUUGACUGCCCACAUGAAAACUCACACAGGUAUAAAGCCUUAUCAAUGCAACACAUGUGGGAAAAAAUUUACCUGCUUAUCAAAGUUGCAAAGGCACACAAGAACUCACACAGGUGAGAAGCCGUAUUCUUGUAAAACAUGUGGAAAAGGUUUUGGCCAAAUGAGGGAUUUAACUGUCCACAUAAGGACUCACACAGGUGAUAAGCCCUACUCCUGUGUAACCUGUGGUAAAAGCUUCAGUCAGAACAGUCAUUUGAAUGUCCACAUGAGAACUCACACAGGUGAGAGGCCAUAUUCUUGCAAAACUUGUGGUAAGACUUUCAGUCAAAAUAGUCAUUUGACUGUCCACAUGGGGUCUCACACAAGUGAGAGUUCUUACAAAACAUUUGGAGAAGUUUUUACUCAAAGUGGUGGGAGUGUUCACGUGAAAAAUCACACAGCUGAGAGGCAGCACCUUUGCAAAUCUCCUGGCAAAGAUUUCAGUUCUGUGACGGAUCACACAAGAAUCCACAUGGGUGAGGGGGUGAAAUUUAGCGAAACUACACCAAGAUGUGGUCAAAGUAGUGACUGACAGUGUACACAAGAAGUUGCACAAGUGAGAGGAAGAAUGUUUGUAAAACCUGCAAGAAGAGGUUCAUUCCAUGAGGUUUAAUGCCACCAUUGUCAAAGCAUAUAAAACUGCAAAAUGUGGAAGAUGUCAAAGUAAUUGUCACUGAAACAUUGAUACAAAUCACAUGGCAAAGAGAAAUUGUAUUCAAAUAAUUAUGUCACAUGUUAUUAAGAAACGGUCGGGGAGAGAUGCAUCGUCAAAAACAGGAAAUGUGUCAAGAAGCCAAUAGAAGGGAAGCGGGGAGAAAAUCCUCCACAUCUUAUGGAGCUAUAGGUCCAAAUGUAAAAAAUUCAGCUUGCUAGAGUGCAUGAAGAAGGUCAAGAAGAGACAACGGUGAGUGUUUUACAGCCAUCGUUAAACACAGUGGGGACUCUGUUUUGGUUUGGGGCUGCAUUUCAGCCACUGAUGUUGGCAGUCUUAUCAAAACUGAUGAAAUUAUGAACCUAUUAAAGAAGUGUCUGUGCAUCUGUAAAGCUGUAAAGUGUCAGCAUGACACUGGGCCUCAUUUACUAAUGUUUACGUAGAAUUACUCUGUGUAACGGAAAAAAAAAAUUGUUCCCAAGAAAAAUUAUUGUUGUAUUUAUAAAACAUACAACCGGCCUAUUUAGUUUUUACUGCUUAUUUUAAUAAAUCUGAAGUGUUCGGAAUCAACAACCUUGUAGAAUCUCCAUACAGUUUGCAUACUAUCUGCAGACUGAACCGCCCCAAUUUUCUACAUAAGGACACAUUUCCCUCCAGAUGAAGUGGAGAAAGUGGUGAUAAUGUGGUAAAGAGAGACGCCUGCACCUCUAGGCAGGAAAUAAGGAGAAAGUGUGACUGCACAAAAUUAAAUAAUAAUGUCUGAGGUCCAAGGUGGAAGCUUUCCAAAGUGUUUCCACAGGAGUGAUGACUUUUUAAAAAUAAAUAAAAAGCGAUACUGAGUCUGAAAUGCAGGAGUUCAUUUCCCCUGAAACACUUAUUUUCGCUCAAGUAAGAAAGAAAAUUUGAAAAAGGCGCUAUGACUAACAGACGGAGAACAAGGACCACAUGGAGUAAUCUGUCAGCCUCAUAUGAAAAGCUCAAUGCAAUGAAAACAGAAAAUCCAGAUUCUUCAGCAUCAAGGGUGUAGUACCAAAAACAUAUAUAUUGCAAAUGAUCACAUCCAGCAAUGGUAGAAGUCAUUUUCAGUGGAAAAAUAAGAACAUUUAAGAAACAAUAAAACACAGAUUAAUGGAAUAUUUUUAAAUUAAUAGAUGAGGCUGUGGAUGCUGCCCGCCACUCUGUUGUGGUAAAGACAGGUUCGGUGUUCCCUCAAAUAAGCUGGAGGAGGUAGCAGGAUUGAGGGAGGUCUAGGCGGCUCUCCUUAGGCCUCUGCCCCAUGACCCUGUCCCACAUAAGUGGAAGAAAAUGAGUGGAUGAAGGUUGACUCCCACACCUCUUUGCAUCCAUAUAUUUUUUGUUUGUUUGCGCUUAUCCUGGGUCGCGGGGGGCAGCAGCUCCCUCUCCCCAGCCACCACCUCCUAAUCUCUUUAGGAUUCCUGGGUCUGCCCCUCUGCCUCACCAAGGAGGCGCCCAGGGGGCAUUCUUGUCAGCUGCCCUUACCACCUGAACUGCCGCCUUUCAAUAUGGAAGUGUAGCAGCUUUACUCUGAGUCCCUCCCGGAUGGCCAGACUCUUCACCCUUUCUCUAAGGGAGAAGCCAGCCACCCUUUGGAGAAAGCUUAUUCCGCCAUCAAAGCUUGUGACCAUAGUUGAGGGUUAGGGACGCAGGCCAUUACGAACCGGUACAGCGUCCACAUCACUGCAGCCGCAGCACCAAUCUGUCUGUCGAUCUCAUUUUCCCCUCUCCCCAAGACUUCAAUACUUCUCUCCUUGGAGAGAACAAGUCUGAUUUAUUGCCGGCAAUGUGGACCGCGCAAUUGCAAGUCGUAUAAGGACUGAAUGGCGAAUAGCAACAGGCCAGACACCGCUUAUUCCUGAAGCACCUCCCACACAACACUAAGAAACAGUCAAAUGCCUUCUCCAGGUCCACAAAACACAUGUAGACUGGGCAAACUCCCAUGCACCCUCAAGUAUCCUUGAGAGGAUAAAGAACUGGUCCAAUUUUUCCACUUGACCCGUUGGUACGAAUCAAUCAAAAAAAUUAAAUCCAAAGUCCCACAGGGUAAUCAAUCCCAAUAGGACUCCUCCUCCUUCUCCCCAGCAUCCUUUGGAAUGCUGUCAAAGUUCUGCCCAAUGUGGGAGUUGAAGAUGUGGCAUUCCCAGCACAACAUCACUAUAUAUUCAUGUGCCCCACAGAUCUCCUCCACCACUUGAUCCAACUCACCAGGUGGUGAUCAGCGCCUCUCUUCACCUGAGUGUCCAGAACAUAUAGCCAAAGAUGGUAAAUGGGCUGGUUCUUAUAUAGCGCUUUUCUACUCUUCCGAGGACUCAAAGCGCUUUACACAACUUGUAAAGCAUUCACACAAACACAUUUUCUAAGUGCUUUCUAACUAACAUUCACACACACCUUCAUACACUGAUGAAUCCAUCGGCGUAUGAAGGUUAGUAUCUUGCCCAAGGAUAUUUGGCAGCCAGGAAUCAAACCACCAACCUUCCGAUCAGUAGAUGACCUGCUCUACUGCCUGAGCUACAGCCACCCUGAUGAUAGGAUUACAAAGUCAAUCAUCGACCUGCGGCCUAGGGUGUCCUGGUGCCACAGUCUGUCCUUAUGUUCAAACAUUGUGUUUGUUAUGGACAAAUUGUUAUUUGCACAGAAGUCAACACAACACUUAUUGUAGGGUCUACCUUGGAAUAUGAAACACUUUGAGGUGACUGUUGUGUUUUGGCGCUGUAUAAAUAAAAUUGAAUUUAAUUGAAUUGAACACCGCUCAGGUUCAGAUCUGGCAGGCCAUUCCUCCCAGUCACGCCCCUCCAGGUCUCACUUUCGUUGCUCACAUGAGCAUUGCAGUCUCGCAGUAGGACGACCCUCAAGCACCACACCCAGGUACUCCAAGAAGGCUGAGUACUCUAAGCUGUCAGUUUAUACAUGCGUGCGCUGAAUACACUGUUUUCAUUUAGUGUUUUUGUUUUCUUUACCUGUGCUAUUUAUUUUGUGGUAUAUGAUCAUUUGGAAAACUGUAAAUAAGGCUAUAAUAAUUGGGGGGGGGGGGGUAUUGUUUUUUGUAGCAAAUUCAAAUUCCUACUGCAGCCAGGCUGUGAUUUGUUAUCCAUGGUCAGAGGGGUUACAACAUUUGUUUGCAAAAUACAAAGAAAUUCAGUUAUGAAAAUACUGAUAAAUCACAGAUUUUACUGUAAAAAAUUGUGCAUUUGCACUGUUUGUAAAUGAGGCUCGGUGAUUCCAAACCAGUGAAUAAACCAAUAAAACCAUACCUGGUUAGCACACAGUGGAGCACAAUCCCAGAAUCCAGGGAUUGUGUUGACAGCAAAUGAAACAAAAGGCAGCCAACAUCAAAAGAAAAGCUUUUUAAAGCUGUUCAAUCAGCCUGGAGGACUUUUCCUAAAGACUUUGUUUUUGCCUUACUUGUAAACAAAAUAUAAAGAAGCUUGUGUGUGUGUGUGUGUGUGUGUGUUAACAGGUCUAAACUUUAACUUAAAAUGUUGUCCUAGAUUCAACGAUUUAAACCUUGGGCUUGUUUUCGCUACUAUAAUCUAUUACCAGGUUACCGGCAAUGUAAAUCCUGUAGUUAAUGACCCCCAAUUUUUUUUAAUUUUUUUUCAGUAAUGAUGGAAAUUUGGCUGUAUAAUAAAAUUGAGAAAAGAGUGAGAGUUCUUCAGCUUAUGGCAUGCAUCUGCAUGACUGCAUGACAUUUAGGAUUUGUUUUCUUUAUGAGAGCAAAACAAACUUUUUAAAUGUUAUUUUAUUGAAAAAUGGCAUGUACAAAAUUCCAGAAGUGUAUUUUUUGUCAAUACAUGUCAGAGAUGUAACUGUCUAAAUCUGGUAAUUUUCUUUCUACCUCAGUAGUGUUUGAAUUAUGAUGCAAAGAAACCAUAGACUUCUCCCUGAUAACUAGACUUUAAUGUUUUAGAACCUGUUUCAUUUUGUAUCUGUUCAAUUAUAUAAACUGUGUUUCAGUGUGAGGCUAGCAUACUGAAGAUGUGUAAACAUUAUCUGUAGUAUUGUCAAGCGUGCUAUAUAAGUGAAGUACAAAUGGUUUUUUGCUUUUUUUACAAGGCUUUCCAAAAUGAGUCUUUCCAAUACGAAUUCAAAAUGAUGUUUAGGAAAUGUAUAUGAAAAUGACUAUUGUAACAAUGAGCAUCAUCAUAACUAAAUGAUGAUAUAGUAA